AGUAGCAAGUUUGGCUCAAGGGACUGGCUCUAAGCGCCCCGCAAACAUCACCUGGACUGCCAUCGGCGUCGAUUCUGCCCCCGCCGCGCCCAUGGCUGCCUUCACCGAGAUGCUCGGCCACUCCCUCCUGGGCCCUGGCGGCGAGGUCACCGAGACCGCCGCGGCCCUCUCGGGCAAGGGCGCCAUCGCGCUCUACUUCAGCGCGCACUGGUGCCCGCCGUGCCGCGGCUUCACGCCCCAGCUCGCCGAAUGGUACAGGAAGGACCUGCAGGCCAAGGGCCUGGAGGUGGUCUUCGUGUCCUCCGACAGAGACGAGGCUGCGUUCAAGGAGUACUUCGCCGACCAGCCCUGGAUGGCUCUGCCCUUCGUGGAGCGCGAUGCCAAGGAGAAGCUGUCCAAGAUGUACAAGGUGAAUGGCAUCCCCUCGCUGGUUAUCCUGGACUCCGACGGGAAGAUCAUCACGACGGAAGGCCGAGUUGCCGUCAGCGAAGACCCGACCGGCGCGGAGUUCCCGUGGAGGCCGAGGCCGGUGAAGGAGCUCCUGGCCGAGGCGAAGCUCGUCGGGCCCGCUGGCGAGCUGACGGUGCAGCAGGCGAUGCAAGAGAAGAAGGCGCUCGCGCUCUACUUCAGCGCGCACUGGUGCCCGCCAUGCCGCGGCUUCACGCCCAAGCUCGCCGAAUGGUACAGGAAGGACCUGCAGGCCAAGGGCCUGGAGGUGGUCUUCGUGUCCUCCGACAGGGACGAGGCUGCGUUCAAAGAGUACUUCGCCAGCCAGCCCUGGAUGGCGCUGAGCUACGCCGACAGGAAUCUGCAGAAGAAGUUAAACAAGGCCCUGAAGGUGGAGGGCAUCCCGACCCUCGUCAUCCUGGACGCGGACUUGAACGUGGUCACGACCGAUGGUCGCGGCGCCGUCGCAGCCGACCCCACGGGGGCCGAAAUGCCCUGGUACCCGAAGCCCGUGAAGCAGCUCAAGGACGGCCCUGGAGACAUCAACGAGGUGCCAACGCUGCUGAUCUUCUGCGAGUCCAGCGACGCCGCGGGGGUGGACGCCCUGACGCAGGCCCUCGAGCCCCUGGCGGCGAAGUACAUCGAGCAGGCGAAGGCGACUGGCCAGGACCCGGACUUCUGCUUCAUGCUGGCGGCAGAGGGGGCAGAUCUCGCCCCGAGAGUCCGCGGCAUGGUGGGCCUUCCGGAGACGCCCAGCGCCGGGGCGGUUCCGCGUAUGGCCCUCAUCGACAUCCCAGACCAGGGCGGCUACUACCUCGCGGCAGAGGGCUCGGAGGUCACCGCCGCCUCCGUUGAGCGCUUCCUCGCCGACUACAAGGCGGGGGCGCUGGAGCGGAAGCAGCUGAAGUGACCGACGCCGAAGCCUCGUCCCGAGCUCGGAAAAAAAUGAGAGCGCGGUGCCCCGAUGUUCACAGUGUUGGGCGCGCCGCGUGCUGGACAGAUGGGACUAAGCACUCAUCGUUUCGUGGCACUCUCCCUUCUCUCGAAAAAAAGUGCGUCCGCAAGGGCCUGCCUCCACAGCAGGUGGCUAAAGAGCAUGAAGAUGUUGAGACUGGAGCCCCUUUGUCGUACAUUCUCUGCCCACCGAGUUUUUUUUUGUUUCAGAGUUUUGCUUGGUGUCACAGGAUUUCUCCCGUGCCCCCACUGCUCCCUCCUUUUCUUCGUCCCCCGCUCCUUCCUCCCUUCGCCCUUCUUCGGGCCCCCAAUCGAAACGUGUCUUGCGCAGCACACACCCCGCUGCCAUUGAGGUGUAAUGGGCUUCGCCUGAUUCGGACGCUCCCCGGCCGCUGGUGCGACCAUGUGGGCCAGAGCGUUGACAUCAGAAUGGGAAGACGAAACAUCGAC